AUGCCCAACGCAGCAACCAUCAGCCCCAAGGAAAAGUACAGCUUCCUCGACGACUACAGCGAAGGCGCCCAUCCGCAGGUGCUCGAGGCCUUGAUUGCCAGCAACUGGACGCAGGAACCGGGCUACGGCAAUGACCGGUACAGCGCCGAGGCGCGGCAGCACAUCCGGUACCACCUGGGCUGCGGGGACGAGGUCGGCAUCUUCUUCGUCCCAACCGGCACCGCAGCCAACGCCAUCUCGAUAGCGGCGUGUCUGCGGCCGCACGAGGCCGUCAUUGCUGCACGCUCGGGCCACAUUGUGACACGCGAGACGGGCGCCGUGGAGGCGGGCGGCAACAAGAUCAUCACCGUGGCACCCGACAACGGAAAGCUGACGCCCGAGAGCAUCGGCAAGGCCCUCGACGACAACUGGCACUAUCCGCACAUGGCCAAGCCGCGCCUGGUCUACAUUUCAAACGCCACCGAGGUCGGCACCGUCUACUCCAAGGCUGAGCUGAGCGCCAUCAAGCAGCUGUGCGAGGAUAAGGGCCUCUUGCUCUUCAUGGACGGCGCCCGCAUCGGCGCCGCGCUUACCUCGCCCGUCAAUGACUUGCUUCUGCGAGACAUUGCGCGCCUCACCGACUUGUUCUGGAUUGGUGGCACCAAGAACGGUGCCCUGCUGGGCGAGGCCGUCGUGGCCAAGAACCCCAAGCUGGCCGAGGACUUUGAGUUUUAUGUCAAGCGGCACGGCGCCCUCCUGGCCAAGAGUCGCAUCAUGGGCGUCGAGUUCGGCGAGCUCUUCCGCGGCAAUCUGUACUUUGACCUUGCUCGACGGGCCAACGCGGCCGCAGAGAAGCUCUCGCGCUCCGUCGUCGGCGCCGGAUACGCACUGCGCGCCGAUACCGAGACCAAUCAGGUCUUUGCCGUCCUGCCAUUGGGCCUCGUCAAGAAUCUGCAGCAAGACUUUACCUUUUACGUCUGGGAAAAGUGUGGCGCCGAUUGGGCCGUCGUGCGUCUGCUGACCACAUGGGCCACCGACGUCGGCCAGCUCGAGAAAUUUAACCAGACGGUUCUGAGCUGGACUCCAUGA